AGUUUCGUUCUUCAAUCUCAAUCCCUGUGUCAUCAGUCUUAUCAUUAACAAUCUAGAAAAUUGCGUCGCAUUCUUAUGUUUUUUGUUUAUCGGUAUCAAGGCAUUUGUAUAAGCUUAAGCCAGUGUCAAACACAAUUGUUAUACUGUUGACGAUAAACAUGCCCGACAUGAUUUAACACUGCAUUAUAAUUUUAGCAUAACGUUUGAGGUAAUGAUGUCAGCGUGCGUUUUAUGUUUUAGUUUUUAAGAAGGAAUAGUGUCGCUAUUACGUUUAAGAUUGAUUUUCUUGGAUUACAUUGAGUUUGCCAGAUUCGUUCGCUGUGAUGUGAACGUCAAACGCGCAUUUUGUUUACUUUCUAAGUUUCUAUUUAUGUGAUUUGUAUUUUGUGUGGAGAGAGUUGUGAUGUUGGUCGCACUAUCUGUGUCUUAUCAUGUACCGGAUAAUUUUAUUUGGGAAUGGGUUUAAUUAUAUAUGACAGUUGCGUUGCUUUUACGCGUGUGAAGUGUUUUGUGGACAAGUGUUUGAUAUUUGUGGUUAUAACCUGUGAUUAAAAUGCUGGCCUCCGCAGCUUCAGCUAAUAUUACAAGGAAUUCCUUGUCGACAAUGUUCCAAGCGCGUCGCUCCGUUGAUCGACCGCUGGUUAUGAGUCACCCAGAGAAGCAAUCACUCGCGAACCGCCCACCACCUCCAGCCACCAUAGUCCCACGCGCGGCUGAUGGUCCAAUUCCUCCAGGUUGGAAUGGCCAGCCCAAACGACAUGGCUCCAGUAGAUUCAACGUUCAAAAUAAUAAGGAACAGGAAUUAGUGAAGUUACCUUCUAUUAGAGAUGCCCCGGCAGCGGAGCGUGAACAGUUGUUCGUGCAGAAGAUUCGGCAAUGCUGUCUACUGUUCGACUUUGCAGACGAGCCUCUGUCGGACCUCAAAUGGAAGGAGGUCAAGCGGGGUGCGCUACUGGAAAUGGUGGAGUACAUCACCUCACAGCGUGACGUCAUCACAGAGGCUAUAUACCCGGAGGCUGUUAAUAUGUUCGCAGUCAACUUGUUCCGAACAUUGCCGCCCUCGUCAAACCCAAAUGGUGCGGAAUUUGACCCUGAAGAAGACGAGCCAACCCUGGAGGCGGCGUGGCCACAUUUGCAACUGGUUUACGAGCUGUUCCUUCGGCUACUUGAGUCGCCAGACUUCCAGCCAAAUAUAGCAAAGAAAUAUAUUGACCAAAAGUUCGUUUUACAGCUCCUCGAACUAUUCGACACAGAGGAUCCAAGAGAGCGGGACUUUCUCAAGACAACCCUACAUAGGAUAUACGGAAAAUUUCUAGUACUACGUGCCUAUAUAAGGAAACAAAUCAACAAUGUAUUCUAUAGGUUUAUAUAUGAAACGGAGCACCACAACGGCAUUGCUGAGUUAUUAGAGAUACUUGGAUCAAUCAUUAACGGCUUCGCGUUACCACUGAAAGAGGAACAUAAACAGUUUUUGCUUAGGGUAUUACUCCCUCUCCACAAGGCAAAAUCUCUAUCAGUCUACCACCCACAGCUGGCCUACUGCGUGGUGCAAUUCCUUGAAAAGGAUCCGUCUCUCACCCAGCCUGUUGUUCGGGCAUUACUGAAAUAUUGGCCGAAGACACAUUCGCCAAAGGAGGUGAUGUUCUUAAAUGAGAUGGAAGAAAUCCUAGACGUGAUAGAACCAGCAGAGUUCCAGAAAAUAAUGGACCCGCUGUUCCGUCAACUGGCCAAGUGCGUUUCAAGCCCACAUUUUCAGGUUGCAGAACGCGCUCUAUACUACUGGAACAAUGAGUACAUAAUGUCUCUAAUAUCGGACAACGCGACUCACAUACUACCAAUAAUGUUCCCGUCGCUGUACUGCAAUACAAAGUCUCACUGGAACAAGACAAUCCACGGCCUAGUCUACAACGCCCUCAAACUCUUCAUGGAAAUGAACCAAAAACUCUUUGAUGAAUGCACGCAACAAUUUAAGCAGGAGAAAGAGAAGGAGAUAGAACGUCUUCAACAGCGUGAAGAACUAUGGCAGCGGUUGGAGGCUGUGGCAGCAGCUAAUCCCACCUGUCGACAGCUUGACUCUGAUCCUCUCACGCCCGAUGCUGAGAUCCGAAAGAAUCACAAUGCGACCAAGCCACUCCUACGCAAGAAGUCCGAUCUGCCAGCCGACGCCUCCACGGUGAAGGCUCUCAUUGAACACAAGCGACCAGACCCAUAUCUCACGACCCCACCGGACGCGGACAAGUGCUAGCGGGCUUUGCCCCUACGGGGAUCUGUGCCCCGACCGGGAAUAAGUGCAAGCUAAGUAAGUGACCCCAAAAAACAUUCCCGAAUGUGAAAUUUCAACCUUAUCAGGACUCAUUUGGUGCCAUCAGCCUUUAAGUGAAGUGAAAUCGGUGCUUACGAAUUCUAUUACAUCAAAUAUGGCGACAAACUUCAUACUACAAUUUGGCGCUACUUGUAUUCUUAAUUUAAAAUUUUAUUGCUAAAGUCAUUGGGAGCGUGAAGUUAACCCCAAUCCAAAAUUAUCGUGAAAUUAGCCACAGUUAAGUUAGUCAUAUAUAAUAAAGUUAGCACAAGUGUCAUUACGUUAGCCUCUAAUCCAUAAUUUACCUUUUUCACGUUGGUUAUGAAGUUUGCCGCUCAAUAUUUUCUGCGUCGUCAAAUACCAACUUUACACGGAUAAGACAAUAAAUACAAAUGAGAACAAUUAUUAAAAAAUAUUUAUUCAUUGCAAAAUUUUUAUGACAUUGUUUAUUAAAGAUCAUGGAGUAACAGAAAUUGUGAGAAUUAGUGAUCAUAAUGACUUUAAUUUCACGCGAAAUUAAGCGCGCAAUAAUUCUACCAACCGAUGUCCAUACGAUGAACUAGAGAUUUUCGCACUAAUUUUUACCUCCUCAUGUAUCUCACAUUCGACUCAGAGCUAGUGACUUGAUUGUCCAAAAGUAUUUUGUAUUGGUUUGGUUCCCGCUAGUGGACUCUGAAUCUUUCUUCGUAAAAUAGUAUGAAACGAGAGAUGCGAUUUGAUAUCAAAUAAUGUGAGACAUUAACAUGUAGAAG